UUGCCCAGGAAAAGCUGAGGACACUCACUCUGCAAACCCAGUUCUUCUGUCUCUGCAUUGCUGAGCUGCCAGAAGAGUGGAAGGUUGGUGCCGGCCCUGACUCAGCUCUCCAAGCGUCGCCAUUGCUGGGCUGUCGGAGCAAAGGCCCCCGGGCUUCCAUCAGUGACCAAGCACUGCACAUCACUGAGCAUCACUUGGACCCGCAGCAUUGUGGUUCUUCUCCUCCUCGCCUUGGUUGUGCAGAUAAGAAGAAAAUGGCUGACAGCCAGAUCCCCUUUUCGUGCCAUUACCCCGGGCGACAUCGGACCCUUCGAGACCCCUUCCGGGAAUCCAGCCUCUCAUCUCGCCUUUUGGAUGAUGACUUUGGCAUGUCCCCCUUUCCUGGAGAUAUAACAGCAGACUGGCCAGACUGGGCCCGCUCACGGUUCACCACCGCAUGGCCAGGCCCCUUGAGAUCCGGGAUGGUCCGAAACUCUGGCCUUUCCCCGCCAGGGUAUGGCUCCAGAUUUGGGGGGUACACAGAAGGAGCCCCCUUUGGAGGCAGUCCCUUGCCCUUCUCGGGGGAACCAUGGAAAGUGUGCGUCAAUGUGCAAAGCUUCAAACCUGAGGAACUGACAGUGAAGACCAAGGAUGGUUACGUGGAAGUUUCAGGUAAACAUGAAGAGCAACAGGUGGAAGGAGGGAUCGUGUCUAAGAACUUCACCAAGAAAAUCCAGCUUCCCGGCGAGGUGGAUCCCACCACAGUUUUUGCUUCCUUGUCACCUGAGGGGCUGCUGAUCAUCGAGGCCCCACAGAUCCCUCCCUACUGCCAGUAUGGAGACCUGAGCUAUGGCACAGAGCUCCCAGUCGACAACCAAGAAGCCACCUGUGCCUAAAAAGCAAACCCUCCUGUGCCAUCGCCCCCCACCUUCACCCCUCCCAAUUUCUCGCUGCAUAGGAUCGCAUUCACCAACCGCUCCUUUGAUGUUGUACAUUUUCUUAUAAAAGCCCAUUCCUGACAUCUCUCCCUGUUGCUUCCCCCAACGGUCUGAGACUGGAUCUGCAUGGCAAGAGGAGAAGCUGCCAGCUGAGGCCUCGAUCCAAUUGUUAGUCCUGCCCAGAGUAGACUCAGGAGGUCCGUCAAUGGCGCCAACUUAAGUGCCGAUGCCUUGCAGACCCGCCACUGUUUUGCAAUUGAAACUUGGUACCCAUGCGGCUGAGCAACAUCAAAGCAUGGUCCAGAGAGCAAAAGUUAUGACUGAGGAAGACCACGCAAGAUAGGAAAAGCUGAAGAAGUUUGCCUUUGCCUGAGCCAACUGGGAAGGGCAAUAGUCUGCCCCUCGUCUCCUCUCCUCUCUGCUGAGUUAACCGAGUGCAAACUACUAUUACCCUUUGAGCUCUAGUUCCAGCUACUGAAGUAAGCUGAGGACAAAUGGGAAAAGUGGGAGGACCAGAGAGGAACUGGGACAUUUUAGCAGCAUAACAGAGCAUUAAUCGGGACUGCUUCCAACAAAACCAAUAUGUUCUUGGGUUCCCACUGAUUCAACGGAUCUACUCCAAUGAGGACUAACAAUUGGAUGUUGGCCUUAGCCUGAUCUCUGAAGCUUCCAUAUCAAUAGAUAUUUAAUAAAAAAAACACAUACACUCACAUUUGCUCACAUCCUGUCAUGCUCUGGCCUACAAGGCCACCCUCCCACCAGUUGAAAAGGACCCACCAGACACAUACCUUAGUUUCUGGAGGAAUUUGAGAAGAGACAGAGGUUGACAGCUUCUGAACCCAAGCUACAAGUCCCCCAGUCUUUCGCUGUUGGUCAUGUUGGCUGAGAGUUGAAAUCCAAUAUAUCUGGAAGGCAAAAAAAAGACAAAUGUGUAUCCAGUUUAGGUCCUUGCAGCAAGGAGCAAGGGAGCCAUAUCAAACACUGUACCUUGGAAGGAACCCUUGAGAAGGGGUCCAUCAGGGAAGGUGUCCCCUGUGCUGGUGACCGGUGGGUUUACAUGGGAAGGGCAGUACUCCGAUGAACAGUAGUCUGAUAAAUUCACAAUGCCCUGCACUACAGUGACAUUACAUUCAGGCAUUGUGGGACAUCAAAAUGGCUAUUUCUCCAAUAUUUCUCUCCAGGGCUGUGAUCAAAGCAUUUGUGAAGGGCAACCCCAGAACGAGUCCAUAUAGUCAGCCCCACCGAGGAUCUGGGGCCCUGACAGUGGCCUAAAGAUACUGCAUGGUGAUGGCCAGCCACAUCUCAAAGCUUGGCUCCAUCUACCCAUCAGUUUUCCAAAUGGCAGAAGUCCCUGCUUGAGGAGGCACACAACAACUCAACAGUACUCUACAGUGUUGCCCCUUUAAAUAAUUUGCUUCUCCAGUUUAGGGGUGGGGCCAUGGCUGCCAUUGGUCCUCCUCAAGUAUAUAAGGGCUCAUUUGCCCUCUAGCCUUCAGUAGAGCAGCACUCAGGUCCUCUUGGUACUGCUGUCUUGGUUACUGCCAGCCAUAAUCUAGGCUCCCUCUCACUCAAAUGGCUUAUCACUUGGUUGGGUAUGUUCACUUGAGCCUAGUCUUUGCCUUUUUCUCUUGCUCCUGCCAACCUGGUUGACCCUCAGAGGUCUUGCCAGCUCUCUCAAAGCCCAUGCUCCACCUCAGAGCCAAGGCAUAUGUGCCCCAAGAAUGCUUUGGGCCUGUCAAUCUAAGCAAAAGUCAAGGAUUUUACAAAGGGACAACUGGCAGUUGAUGUUCCUCCAAAUUCAUGCACUGCUAGAAAAUCUGGCUCUCUCCACACUGAGUGUCUCACCAUUACCACUCUUGGGUCACGGACUGCCCAAAGUUCACCAAAGUGUUUCUCAACCUACUACUGAUUUUUGUUUUAUUUUAAUUUUGCACUGACGUUGCCUUUUGAGUUAUGAUCCUCCAUCCAAGUUUACAAAUACUCCUGGUGCACUGACAUCACACUACUGGUGCAAGUAGUGCUUCUCUGUCCUCGAGAGACCAGUCUCUCUGUGCUUUCUCUGGGCAGCCGCUCCUCUUCCGACAAGAUGAGAGGCUCAGCCAACCUAGUCUUAUGGAAACAUUGCAACAGCAUUUGUGUCAGCUGCACCUCCUCCUACAAUAUGCACCCUUGCAAAGUACUACCCUGGAUGGCCCGUGGUUUCAUCAAGGUCUUACCUGCUCCAGUGUUGUUUGUCGUCUCUGUUUUUAACUGAGUUUGGGUCUAUGUGACAUUAUAUUUAUGACAAUAGGGAGAUGUACAGUAGUUUAAAUGUUGAGUUUGCGCAACCUGACCAAGUUUUGGCCCUUUCUUUCUUUCUUUCAAUACCCUGCUUCCUAUAAGGCUCAUGUGAACAACAGGCCUAGAUACUUAUUGGAGGUGGGGUUACAUUGCGGACAGACAAGACACCAUUCGAGUGAAAAUGUUUAAAUAAGUGAAAUAAUUGACUGUUUGGAAUAUUGUCUUCUCUUCUUCCUCCCAAAGAACCCUGUGCUUUUCUGUGAUGAAUAAACCCAUGCUGAAGUUUUUAA